AUGUGGGUGGUGCAGCCAUGUUGGGUUUGGGCGCCGGCCCGGCUGGGAUGGGCAGGGUGGAUGAUGGUGUCCCUCUUGUUGAUUGACCAGGACUCUCCAGAAUCGGCUCGCCUGCCAGAUCGCCGAGACCGGGCAAGAAACGGCGGCAGCGGCCGGCAAAGGAGGCACGGAAGCACCACCACGGCCCAAGACUUUUGCGGUCGGCUACCCCGACGACAGGCAAUGUCCGCAUCCCACACCGGCAGUCCAUGGACCAGACCCAUCUCGACCGACGGUCUAUCUGCAAAGCUCAACCCUUUGUCGCUUUCAACCACGAACUCGCUGGUUUUCCUCGUCAACUUUUUCCCCUUCAAACGCAUGCGAAAAGUUGGCAUUUCCCAUCGUCCGAACUUUACGAACAACGAGAAUUCGCCGGUCUCGUCGCUGAGUGCCGAUUGGGGGAAGCCGUCCCAGAGUGGCGGCGAUACCAUCAUGGGGCUCGGUGUGAUGUCUUUCAGGAGGUCUGCCAGAGGAAGUCGACCAAGUAAGGCCGGGAGCAAAGACCGCUUCCAUGACGUCGGCCGCGACAAGUGUCAGACCUCGACCUCGACCUCAACUUUCACUACGACGUGGGGAUCGGAAUCGGGAGCCGGGCCUUAUUUCUCACAAGCCACUUGGUUACUCUGGAACCUGUCGUUUUCCUCGGGGGAGGCCGAAGAUGUGUGUGCAUGGCAUGGCAACGCAACACGAGCCCACAGCAGGGCGCAGUCAACAUUUGUCGCGAGCCAGAUUGAGUCAGACUCGUGUUCGGCCGACGGCGGUCAGUAA